CACCUUCUCGUUUGGUAGAAUGGCGGGAGGCGGACGCCGGCAGGUUGAAUCCGCAAGCUCCCCUCCCCUUCCUCCAACCCCAACUCGCAGAGAAACUCGCCGAGAGCGAGCGGGGGAUUCCGAUGAGUUGCUGCAACGCAGCAGAGUGCCAUGCCGGACGGGCGGACCAGACUGCAACCGCCCGCUGCCCUCCGAACGAGGACUUCGGACGAACGCUAUCAUAGCCAUCGCUACACCUCUGUACGUAAACACCCAAAGUACUGGCGCUGUGUACUGCCAUUGCUACGCGAACGGCGGGCAUACAAAUUAUACGAGGUGCGGUGUAUCACCGGCAUACGGAAACCUCCGCCCAUUCACACAUUUCCUUUAUCAAUUUCAACGCCUGUGGGGGAGUCUCGUUUGUUGAUCGCGCGGAGCCUAUGCUCGGGAACUUGGGCGUGGAUGAAAGAAUCGGAAAACUUGUGGUGGUGGCAAAGUACAAGUAGUGAUACCGUCGGUCGAUGGAUGGGCUCCGCAGAAAGAAACACAGGGUUGUAGAGAUUAGAAACCCAGACCAGUCGCAUUGGUGCCUGCUUUCCCUACAAAA